AUGAUCGAAGAAGAGGAGUGGUCUAAAGAACAAGAAGCCAACCGCAAGCCCGGUCAGAAGCACCCGACACCGUCUCCAGGAUUUGCAGAUCGCGUCUUUUACGAAAGUCUAUUGCAGCAACGACCGGAUAGUCGUAUGGCACAGAAAUGGUGUCUUGAGUACGGCGUGCUCAAGUGGGCAGAAGCCGAGAUGCUGUGUAAAACACUCGGUCUUAGUGCUAAUGUCACACACCCUACCAAGGUGUCUAAAAUCAAGAAACAAAAGAGCAGCGCAUCUUCGGCAGUGCGACGUGCUCUGGAUGAGUCUGAAGCCGCAGCCUCCAUGGAGAUAACAAAUGGCAGCUAUGAGGGUAUUGGCUUAAGUGCACUAUAG